UUGGUCUGCUAUGCCGUACAGCUUCUACUCACGGGGGGACAAAAAUAGCCGGAGUCUACUUGUUUUUUAUCGACUGCAUUCUACCUGUUAUUUAAAGUAUCUUAAAAUGCUGUAUCCUUUUCUCGUGCUUCUUGUUUUCUCGUCUAAAAUUGAUUUAUCAAACCAGGAUGUGAUUGAUAACAUUCUUGUGAGUUUAUCCAAGGGAAUCACUUAUUUCGACAUGCAGGGCAGUAACAUAAAUCUGGACGGUGUUGUUGGAUACAUAAUACUACAAGCACAGCUGCGGGAGGCAACACGAACUUGGCCGCAUUCAGAUUUUCUCAGUCUCUCUCAGCGCGCAGCUGCGAUUUCCAUGCUGAAGAGACUAAGCAAGAGCCUUUCUACUGCGGCCAGCACCCUUCAGGAGACAGACCCCAAAUACUUCAAAGAGUUUGAGCCCAUUUUGGACAGCUCCUUCUGGUCCCUGCCUGGCGAAUGGAGCUCCACUGACCCUUCUCUGGUUUAUACCUCGGUGAGAGCUAUGGAGUGCUAUGAUGAACACAUGAGUGACAAGUGCAUGACUUUUCUUCUAGGAACCUGGAAAGACAAUGGAACCCCAUGCAUUGUGACUAAGACCUGUAGAGACACAAUGACACAGUUUGGAUGUCCACACUAUUCCCUGUCCCACCAGCUGCUGUACUUCAUGAUAGGAACCAUGAAAGGGUGCUCCAAAAUGCUGAAGGGGGACCUAAGAUUGUCUCGUGUCAACAUAACUGUGGGACAUUACAAGAGGAUUUUCUGCUCCAAUAUGAUGAAAAGCAACCAGGAUAUCUUCAAGAACAGUCUCACUGGCCAAAUGCAGGACAUCUUCAUAGAAAACAUUCUUCUAUGUGGUUUAGUAGGAUUCUCGGACUUCUAUAAACUGGACUGGCUACAGUCGAUUUUAACAUGGCAAGAUCAAGAAGCGGGCUGUUUUGGCAAAGAAGAGGACAUCUCUCACAUCUUUGAGGAAUUUUUGGAUGCUCCACACAAACGAGUGAAAAGAAGGGAAAAAACCCUGACAGAUGGCUGCUCGAGUCACAUGACAGGAGUUGCAGUGAGUGCAUUAGGAGGUUUUCUCAACUUUUACCUUUCAGAGCAGGACAUAACGAAGAGACCCAUAAUUUAAGGCCCAUACAUUACUUUUUUAACAUGCUUUGUGGACAGGGUUCCCACUCUUUCAUGGACACCAAAUUCAAGGACUGUUUCAAACGUGUCAUUUUUAUAAAUGUAGAGCGUUUAAACAGCUAUGUUCAGAGAAUGUGUUGUAUUCAAUUCUGUUAAUAUUCAAAUGUGGUUUCUGAAAUAUUGAUAAAAUAUGCAUUAUUUGUCAUAGUUCUUGUAUAAGAUUUAAAUGUAGGAUUUUUAAAUUAAGAAUUUCUUCGUUUUUCGUUCAGUUUUUUAAAAGCAGCACAGUAAAAUUAAUUAACUAACACCAUAAACUUUAAAUUCAGGCAUUGUCAAGGACCUAUGUUUGAUUUAAAGUACUUUCCAGGUACUUAAAUUCAUAUUUCUGAAAGUCGAGUACUUUCAAGAAGCGUGGGAACCCUGUGUAGAUCAGUAUUUUUGUAUUUAUUCUUUCCGUUGUGAAUGUAUGUUAGAUUUUAUGCUGUGCAUGUGAAAACAACAUGUUUCUAAGAAGGGAAUAAGCCAGGCUUUGAAGAUAAAAUACAAAAUAAUACAUCUGAAUAGUCAAAU